AUGGUCGACAUAAACGAUCAUCCUCGCUUGGCUGUUAUUGACUCGGAAAAGGGGCUUGUUGGCGAGGAAAAUGUCGCAAUUCAAGGAAGCGACAACUCCGGUGCCGCAGCACCGCUUUCGAUUAGCGAUCACGAAACUUCAGAGCUUGAUAAUGAGAGGAAUCAAGGGACGAGUAAAGGCUUGGUCUUCGGGAGUUGUGCGAAAUUUCUAGGUCUGGCGUUCAAGAAAUCUCACUUGGAACCUCUCAACAAUGACCAACCACCGGAUGGAGGGAUCAAAGCCUGGACUGUUGUUUUCUUCGCACAUCAAACUGGUUUCAAUACCUUUGGCUUCUUGAAUGCAUAUGGAGUACUACAGAAUCAUUAUGUCGCAGCACUGCACCUUCCUCCAUCGACAAUCUCAUGGAUCGGUUCGUUGAACGCCUUUCUCAUGCUAGUCCUUGGAGCGUUCUCAGGACGUCUCUCAGACGCGGGAUACUUCCAUCAACUUUUGUUCCUGGGGACAUCUCUCCAAAUCAUUGGCUUUUUUACCGCCGCCAUAUCAACCACAUAUUGGCAAAUCCUGCUUUCUCACAGUUUAUGUCUGGGAAUUGGAGGAGGACUUAUUUUCGUCCCGACAAUGAGCAUUGCAGGUACUUACUUCUCGAAGAAGCGGCCUUUCGCCCUCGCCAUCGUCGCUCUUGGGAACUCAGUUGGAGGUCUUGUGUUUGCGGCAAUCUUGCAGAACGUUCUUCCAAGCUUAGGUUAUUCGUGGGCUAUGCGCAUCUGUGGUUUCGUGGUGAUGGCCACCAGUCUUCCCGCCAAUUUUGUGCUUAAGCCGAUGAAGUUGAGGAGAGCGAAAGGGCCGAUCAUCGAAUUGGGGGCCUUUAAAGAGCUGGAGUACAGUCUAUUUUGUACUGCUAUGUUUUUAACGUUCAUGGGGAUGUGGGUGCCGGUGUUCUAUCUUGGCUCGUUUGGGAGAAACAUCAUUGGAAUCGAUGACAAAGCUGCGGCUUCUUUGAUUCUGAUCAUCAAUGGCGUCGGAGUAGCAGGACGACUUAUUCCCGCAAUCCUCGCAUCUAAAGUUGGGCCUCUAAAUCUCAUGAUUCCGCUCACUUUUCUGCCAGGCCUCAUUCUCUUCUGCUGGGCUUCAGUACAUACUCAAGCCUCGCUCUUGCUCUUUGACACAUUCUAUGGAUUCCUCAUGGCAUCAGGCCAGGGCAUGCUUCCUCCUUCUCUGGGAAGUCUGACGAAAGAUCCGUCCAAGAUGGGAGUUAGGUUCGGAAUGGUGUUUUCGAUAUGCGGAUUUGCACUGUUGGUUGGACAGCCACUCGCUGGUGCUUUGAUUGAAGCUCAUGGGGGUGGUUACUUGUAUGCGCAGAUGUAUGCAGGGGCUGGUAUGAUGAUGGGGGUGAUAUUUAUGAUUGCGGCAAGGAUGAAGAUUGUUGGCUGGGUUUGGAAAGUCAAAAUAUAA